AUGUCAAACGGCCAACCGUCACAACCAGAGGAAUCGUCGUCCCUCCGAGAUCGUAUCGUCGAUAUACUUGGCCCUGGCUCGUCAAGGGGACCUUCGACAAAUCACAACCACGAGCCUAGUGAUGGUUCUUCCGAAGGACACGAGAAUAAUGGAUUCAAUGAAACAAGUCGGUUACUAGAAGAUUACGAUCGAAGGCACUCCGUGUGUGGAAUGCGAAGCUGCAAUCAUGGCACCUUCUCCCCGAAACCCGAACAACAAGAGCAGAGCUCUCUUGCAGGCAGUUAUUUGUGGGGAACAAGGACUCCUGGAUUCAUGGCAUCUGGAUUACAAACACCGAUAACCGAUGGAACCUCUGUUACGAACAGGCUAGCUGCUGAAAUGGAUCCGAAGGAUCGUAGGAGAAUGUAUCUCUCUUAUUAUGUACCCUUUCUUAACUGGGCCGCCCAAUACCGUUGGGAGUUCCUCCGAGGGGAUCUAGUUGCCGCGUUGACUAUAUCCUCCGUCUAUAUUCCAAUGGCUCUAUCCCUGUCCUCAAAUCUUGCUCAUGCGCCUCCAAUUAACGGCCUAUACUCGUUUAUCGUCCAGCCGCUACUAUACGCGAUGCUCGGAAGUAGUCCGCAGCUGAUUGUCGGGCCUGAAGCAGCAGGGUCACUUCUCGUGGGAACUGUCGUGAAAGCUGCUGUUGAAUCUGGACAUUCUAGCGAAGGAGACGCGCUGCUGCAGGCCCAGGUCGUCGGUAUAGUGACAUGCUUGUCGGGUGCUUUCAUCUUGAUUGCUGGAAUAGCUCGUCUUGGUUUCCUGGAUAAUGUGCUCAGUCGGCCUUUCUUACGAGGCUUUAUUACAGCCAUCGGAUUCGUCAUCUUUGUUGAUCAGCUUAUUCCAGAGAUGGGAUUGAUGGAGAGGGCUCGUGGGGUCAAUCAUGCAAGUACCGCAGAGAAGUUGAUAUUUAUCAUUGAUCAUGGGAAAUACGCACAUAAGCUCACCACAAUUGUGGCGUUUUCAAGCUUUGCUAUCAUCAUGAUAUUCAGGACAUUGAAGCAAAAACUCUCACGACGUCUUCCACAAGUUGUGUACUUUCCAGAUCGCCUGAUAGUAGUAAUCCUUUCAGCCGUCCUCACUUGGUACCUCGAAUGGGACAAAAAGGGCCUCGAAAUUCUCGGAAGUGUCAGACCCCAUGAAGACAGCGGGUCAGGACUCUUUCAAUUUCAUUGGCCGUUCCUUCCCAGUCAGAUGGCUCACAUCCGGUCUUCACUAACCACCUCGUUCGUAAUCGCCCUGCUCGGCUUUUUUGAAUCCUCCGUUGCUGCCAAGGGUCUAGGAGAUGGUGCUAGUGAUGUUAUUAAGGGUGCUCCAGUGUCAGCAAACCGCGAAAUGGUAGCACUGGGAAUGGCCAAUGUGACCGGUGGUCUAUUCACAGCUCUUCCAGCCUUUGGUGGAUAUGGAAGGAGUAAAUUCAACUCCUCUGCUGGAGGCCGAACCCAAAUGAGUGGCAUCUUCUUAAGUCUUAUCACAUUGAUUGUUGUCGUUUUCUUCUUGGAUUACUUGUACUAUUUGCCAAAAGCCGUGCUAUGUGCAAUGAUUUCAGUGGUUGCCUACUCCUUGGUCGAGGAGUGUCCGCAUGAUUUGCGGUUUUUCAUCCAGGUUCGGGGCUGGUCAGAACUCGGGUUGAUGAUUUUGAUCUUUUUGUCGACAAUAUUCUAUUCUCUUACAAUGGGUAUCGCGCUUGGUUGUGGUCUAUCCCUCUUGCGCGUCAUUCGACAUGCGACCAAACCACGAAUUCAAAUUCUCGGCAAAGUCUCAGGGACCUCUAAUCAAUUCGAAAAUGCCGAGCUGUACCCGGAGAAAGUCGAGUUCAUUGAAGGCUGUCUAAUCGUCAAGAUCCCUGAGCCCCUCACAUUUGCCAACACUGGAGACCUCAAAAGUCGUCUCCGUCGCUUGGAACGUUAUGGAACCAGCCGUGCCCACCCAGCUCUACCGCGGGUCAGACCGGCAGAAAGCGACAAGAACGUCAUCUUUGACGUUCACGGCGUAACCGGUAUUGAUGCUUCGGGCACACAAGUUUUACUAGAGAUCGUGGAGAACUACGUGAACCGCGGAGUACGCGUCUUCUUUUGUCGCUUGCCUUCAUUCACCGGCUCCGUCUUCCAACUAUUCGACCGCAGUGGAAUAGUAGACAAGUGCGGUGGACUGACACAUUUCGUUCAAAGCGUGGACGAAGCAUUGCGUUUGACUGAAAUCGAGGAGUUGCAAGAAGCUAUUGUAUAA